CUUCGGUUUGCUUUUUUUCUCGGUCGAUGCCUGAGCAAGUAGAUAGACGAGAAGCAAUGAUCUAUUUUUUGCGAAAAAAAACAUCUGUUUUGGAAAACGAAAACAAAAGCGCACACUCGGACAAACAGCUCAUGAUUUUUUCGCCUGAUUCGGACGGAUCUCCGCAUGGGAUCACGUGAAGGACAUUGUCAAGUAGUUGCUGAAUAUUUCAUAGAAACGGCGGGACUAAAACGAUCUCAACUCUAAUUGUGCCUGGCCUAAGUACUUGGUUACAUACGAUUCCCGAUCCUGCACCAGUGACGACGAUAAGAAAGCGAUCCCAAAAAAGCUCACCUAGUAAGUACCGUUGUAUGCAGUUAUCUCUUUCAAAACCUAAAAAAGAUAUCAGCGCUUGGCCAGAAUGAUACGACUAUGACUCAGUGUUGGUACUCAGCAGCAAGUCGGUAUUUAUGAAUUUUUAGCGAUUCCCGUAGACUCACUGUAGCCGGAUAUACUUAAAAAUUAGCGACAGUAGCCAAUGGUAGCCGGAUCCGGAAUACAAAGCAUAAGUCAACAGACAUUUACUUGCUAGGCAACAUGUAGGCCAUAUUCGUGGAUAUAGAUGCAGCAAGGAUAUAUCUCUAAUCCCUAGUUCCGACAACGGCAACGCGACGCGACCGCCACACCUUUCAACAUUUUAUCUCUAGUAAGAGCUACUCUUACACCUCCUAGAACUAUCCGCCUAGUUACAGCGGUGCAGUCGUGCCGCUGCCCAGUCGAUAGGGAAAUAAAGAUGAAAGCAUCGGUGAGGUGGUCCUCUGCCUCAAUCGCCAGCGACAGAGCGACACCGGCACGGCCGUCCCGUUUUGCACUCGGCGUUGCUGUGCUUCUCGCACAAGCCGGCAUCAGUCUGCUCUUUCCCUUCGUCUCAGCGCAAAACAACCAGUAUAACAACUACGGGAAUAAUCAGCAUCCACCGCCGCCGAACCAGCAGUAUGGAGGAAACCAGCAGUACUAUAACCAUUCGCCACCUGCUCAAGGAAACAACUACGGCUAUAAUAAUGCCCCGCCGAAUCCAGCACAGCAGCAAUACAACCAGGGCGCGGUCUACGGAGGUGGGCAACAGCCCCCGCAGCAGCAGCCGCCAGCUCCUCCGCCGGUACUAAACAACUACGGGCAGCCGCCGCCGCCGAAUAUGAACUACGGCCAGCAACCACCGCCACCACAGCAGAACUACGGGCAGCCACAGUAUCAACCUCCGGCGCAACAGCAGAAUUACGGCUACAACGGGCAGCCGCAGGCGCCCCCUCCCCCAUACGGGCAGCAGCAACCACCUCCGCCUCCACCCCCGCAGCAGAAUUAUGGGCAGCAGCAGCAGCCGCCGCCACCACAGUAUGGGCAGCCGCCGCAGUACAAUAACCAGUAUCAGCAGCCCCCGCCGCCACAGUACAACCAGUACGGCCAGCAGCCCCCGCCGCCGCAACAGUACAACCAGUAUAACAACCAGCAAGUGCCGCCACAACAGCAGUACGGUCAGCCACCACCUCCUGGGGGACAAGUGCAGUACGGAAACAAUGCCGCGCAAAAUCAGCAGCAGCAACAUACUGGGGAUCAUACACACCAUGAUGGACAACAUCAUGAUCACCAUGAUGAUCAUCUCCAUCAUGAUGACCACCACGACCACCACUACGAUGAUCACUAUGAUGAUCACUAUUUCGAUUAUGAGGACGAUUGGAGCUACAACGACCUGAGCGAUCACGUGGACGACUACAGCGCCAGGCACAACUACAAGAGAUCGGACAAGCACCUGCGCUCGUUUCACGAUUCCGACCUCACCGGCGACCAGGGGGUGGUCGAAAAGGAAACUUCGCUUUCCCCGGAGAAAGUUACCGACCACGAGGAGUUGGAACGAGACUGGGCGUUCGGCGGAGCGACGGUGCUUUUCCCGGACCGAGUGUUGCUGACCCCGGACGUGCCGAACCGGCUAGGCUUCAUGUGGACCGAACACAACGUGGAAAGUCGGAGCUUCAAAAUCGACUUUAACUGCAGUUUGUCUCUGCCCAUCCCGCAUUCCCUCGAUGUUAACGCCGCCCUGCACGCCGAGAAGAGUGGUUUUGAGCAGGAUAACGCGCCGGUGGCCGUGAGCGACAGGAAAGCACAGGAGAAUCAUCACCAGGUCGGGUUUUGGGUCGCACACGUGCCGGAUCUGAUCCACACGGUGCGGGAAGGGGAGCACCAAGUGCGGGAGGGAAAGGACCAGAAGGAGGGGGAAGGCCGCGGGGAAUUGUACUCGAGGUACAUGCGGGAGCACGGGUCGUUGCAACUAUCCCGUGCUGGGUUCGAGGAGCGCUUCGACGGCUUCGGGGUGUUAAUGGAUUUAGACAAGAAACAAGUGCGCUGCAUCUCGGAUGAUUGGAAAGCAGGUAUAAAAAAAUCUAAGUACGGAAUGUUUUCUAGCAACAGGAUGCUUGUUUUUUUUAUCGAACUCAUUAGUCCUUUGCUGAAAUAAGCUGUUCCUUCGAUUUUCUUCAUCUGCUUGACCUAUAAGUUUCCCUAUCUUCUCUAAACGUACACGACUUCAGAUGACCACGCGCACAUGGCUGGCGCGCAUCGGAACCAUUUGACGGAAACGCAGUGGGUGCAUCUACCGGAGAUCGUUUCCCAGGGCAACAGCCAUUGGACGGUGAGUCUGGAGCAGACGUCCAAGGGUUGGGUGCGCGCGGCGCUAGUGGUGCAUAAUUCUCAGGUGGACGACCCACACCACAGCGGCAACCAGCAGCCCGUCUCGCGGACUGAGAUCUGCGAUGUGCAUUUGCCGCACGUGCAGCUCGAGUUGUCCCUAGGGGUUACAUCCUACACUGGGAAGAACCCGACGCAGACGUUGUCGAUCGCCAAGGUACAGAAGUUCUUUGUGACGACCUAGGGGGAAGAUGAAGAUUCGGAUUUCAUUUCCUUUUGUCAACAUUAUCAUCGCCUGAUCAGAGUGCUGGCAGUUCUCUUCUGUUUUCUACGCGAUUCGUCUUGUAUGUUUCAGUUUUUUUAGAAUGUUGAGAUGAAGCCAAGAACUGUUACGCAGCUACUUGCUAUACUUUCUGCAACCAGGUCCUUACCACAACGUACGACUUCGGGCACGUUUCGCACUUAGUCGAGGACACGGACCUUCGUGCGAAAUUGAAGGAGAUCGAGGAGAAGCCGGUCAAGGGUGGCUACGUCGCCGCAAUCGACCGGCUGUCUUCGGUCGUCGCCCUUUACAACGAGAAGUUCGGAGCCACAGCGACGCAGAAGCUGCAUGAGGAGAUCUACUCCGUGGACCACAAGCUCACCGGAUUGGAGGGACUAGUGGAGGAGAAAUUGCUCAAAAGACGGCACCGCACGGGCAUUAAGCACCUCGCCAUGGGCUUCGAGAGAGAGAUGAAACGAGACUUGCGGCAAUUCGACCACUUGCACCGACGCGUGAAAUCCGAGAAACGGCGGCACCAGGGCAACUUCGACCGCUGGCUGGAAGCAUUGCACUUACAGCGGGACGAACACGGGGCCAGGUUCUCCACGGAGAGGAUGCAGCACGUGCUCGGGUUGCUGCUCCUGGUUGUGGUAGUCGUGCUGGUUUUCUUUGCGGUGGCCAGAAGGCUCAGCGGGGGGCUGGGCGGCAGCAGUGGGGUGGUGCCGCAGGUGGAAAUGAUUAACUCGGCGGCGCCGAAUUAUAGUAGUUCUGGCACAGUGAAUACUCCGUAUAUGCAGCACCAGCAGGGUCCUGUCGCGAACGGAAUAAAUGGGCCGCAGAAUAAUAUGUUGAACCAAGGCUACGACAACGGCUACGGGCAGGCGACCUCGUCCAGUCGGUCCCGCUUUCAGACGCCGACCAUAGAGACGAGCUUUCAGCCCGCGACUCCGCAGACAACAGGGAUGCGGUACGGAGGCAGCACGGCGUCGACCGCUAGUCCCUACGGGCUGACGAACAGUCCGAACGGAGUUGCGGGAAGCAAUCGCCCUUCCCCGACCGGCUCGGCCUACUCAAAUCCAAUGACGCCACCGGCAGUGCAUGCCACGGCGUCCUCAAGCGGAAUGUACAGCAGUGGCGCGACAAGCGGGAACUCCAUCUACCAUUCUCCCCGCCGGGAGCUGUAUGAGAAUUCAGGCGAUCGAAAUUUGAUGCAGUACCUGAAUUCGCCACCCGAGCAAGAUAACACGGCGACUUUGGCGGGUGAUAGCUCGUCCGCGCAACGCCCAUCACCGACUAGCAUGAUAGGCGACUUUUUCCGCUCCAGACAAAAGCCGGGAGAUGAUAAGGAGAAUCAACUGCCCUCGGCUUUCUGAUGUUGAUGAGUCGCAAAUUAUAUGAUCUACAUCUAGUGGAAGGAAAUCAUCAUGGGACCGUAAUUGCGCAGAAACAAAGAUAUCUCCACACUAAGUCCUCUACCUUUUACAUCGCAAAAAUGAAGACGAGUAGCACAAGUCUCUCGUCGUACUUACUUGCUCCACACUGGUUCUAGUGUGGAUCUUCUUUCGAUUUCUGAUGCAAGGACAAGUUACCUUUUACCGCGACAGCCUGUCCUUCCUGACAGGUUUAUUUCAUACCACAUCUAGUGAUUGUGAUUCUGAUUUUACAGUCAUCUUCAAAAACGACGACAGCUAACGAUUUUCGAUUUUAGACUCAUAUCCCGACGCGGGUUCUGCUACUUUUUUUCGCAACAUCAAAUUCUCCUACGCGACAUGUUUUACGCACGUUCUCUUCUAUAUGUAAUUAUCAUUGCGCCUGAUGCGGCCGAGCACGAAGCAUGGCAGCUCGUUCACCAAGUGCUGGACCCAAUUUUCCGUAACACGUGCGCACAAUUUUUGUCAUCAAGAUCGCCAUGCUUCACUUCGCUCCCAGCGAUAGGUGGAAAAAAACAGAAAUAGAAGUACCGUCCUCGUCUAG